AUGUCCAACUCCAAAAGCGCCGCAGAGAACAGACUUUGUGCUGCCUCGUGUUUCGACGUCGAGGGGGAAGGGAGCCUCGUGUUACGAUGGACGGAGGGAGCGGACGACGCGGAAAGGGUCGAACGAAAAAGUUGGCAAAAGGACAACCAAAAUGAAAUCCCACCGGGCGGGCGCUAUGAACGGGACGGUCUUCCCGCCUCAAAACGUUUGAAAGGCCCACCUGGUGGCACUUCUCUCGACGACGGCCAAAGAUCCCCUAUUCAAUUCAUUUCCACUCAGGAUCGAAAACCCCUCUCCCGUCUGCUGGACAAGCGCUCAGAACGACUACCACGAUCGAACCCCAUCCCCGUUCCUCCAUUCUCACUAUCCAGCAUGCACGCAGCCACUGCAUUCAAGGACCUUCCAUCCAGCUUUACGAUACACACCGCCUCCACGAUGCCCUCGCAUUCAAUCCGCCCUCUUUAG